AUGGCUGAGUCCGCGUUCUGGAUUGAGACGGAAGACUGGCAUACUGCUGGCGAACCUUUCCGCAUCGUCGACAAGCUUCCUACAGGACAUCUCCCCGACUUGCCCAGUGUCGCUCAGCGGCGGUCCCAUGUCAUAGCAACGCCGGGCCACCCCUUAGACGAACUGCGCAAGUCGUUAUGUCACGAGCCUCGCGGUCACGCCGACAUGUAUGGCGGUUUCAUCACACCUCCCGACGAUUCGGGUGCCCACUUUGGAGUUCUGUUCUGGCACAAAGACGGGUUCUCCACAGCCUGCGGGCAUGGGACAAUUGCUCUGGGAUAUUGGGCCGUGUCUCACGAUAUCGUCAAGGUCCCGGAGUGUGAAGGAACGGUUGACGUAGUCGUCGAUGUCCCAUCAGGGCGAGUACUUGCCCGUGUGGCCGUCUCGCAUGGAAAGCCAGUCGAUGCCGACUUCAUCAAUGUGACUAGCUUUCAGCUGGCAAAGUCGGUUCCCGUGGCGCUGUCUUCAAACGGAAUCAACAUUACCCUCGAUUUGGCUUUCGGCGGCGCAGUCUACGCUGUAUUGGACGCAGCUCAAGUCGGGCUCACUGUCGAGCGCAAGAACACCAGCCGCUUUAUCCAGCUCGGCAGAGAAAUCAAGGCCUCGCUCGGCACCAAAGCCCACUACGACGCCUACGACUGCUAUGGUGUUAUUUUCUUCGACGAGGAGAGCGACUGUCGAGACAAUCCGAAUAGCAUCUCUCAGAGGAACGUUACAAUCUUUGCAGAUGGACAGGUGGAUCGUUCUCCUUGUGGAUCUGGGACAUGUGCAAGAGUAGCCAUGUUGUUUGCGCAGGGAAGAAUACAGCCAGGAUGCUCGAAGCUUUUGCAUAGUUCUAUAAUCGGGUCGCGAUUCGAGGCGGACAUUGUCUCCGAGGCCAUCAGUCCCAUUGAGGGCUUUCCUGCAUGCGUCCCGCGUGUCAAGGGUCAGGCCAACUUGGUCGGAAGGAUGAAGUUCUUCACCGACCCUGACGAGAUGCUCUUUCCAGGCUUUCUGCUGCGGUAG